GUUUAGAAAGUUUAUAUUAAAUAAAUAAUGUGGCUUGUAAAGUUUAUAUUACCAAUGUUAUGGUGUCAAGUCUCUGUUUUACAAAGAACCGAAAUAAAAACUGAAGAUUUUGACUGUAAUAAAAGUAUUGUUCCUAUUCCAUGCAACUGGAGGUACUUGACAUAUUUCCCAAACCUUUUCCAAACUAGUUCAUUUGAAAAUGUUGUUGUUCUUAUUCAUGGAUUUAAAAAUCAAGUUGUUGUAAAUAUUACCUUGUAUGACAAUAUUAAUCAAAAAUCUUAUUUAUCGAAGUUCUUUAAUGUUCAACCAGGCAGGGAAUUUAGAGAAAGUAUUGAAAUUGUUGAAGAAAAAGUAGAAAAACAAGUAAAAGAGGAGGAUUUUUAUCAAAGCAAGGAAUUAGGCAAAAGUAUAGAAAUUGAUAAACCAAAAAUAGAAGAACAAGAAAAAAAGGAGGGUUAUGGACUACAAUGUUUUAAUCAAACUCUUCAAAACAACACGCAAGAUGCACAAGUAUCCAUAGCUACAUGUUCAGGUGUUAAAAACCUAUGUGCAACGGUAAUUUUGAAUCGUUAUGGAAAAUUACCAUUAGUUGAACGGAAAUGUACAACGGAAAACAUUUUUUUCCCGUGCUCUCUUCAAUGCGCUUUAUUUUACUCAGUUUCUUCUAAUUGCACGGUAAGUUGCUGCAAUACAGAUUUAUGCAACAAUGAUGUUAGCUUAUUAUCAACACAACCACCAACAUCGAUUUCCUCUGUGCAAACCUUUAACCCUUCAACAACAUCAAAAAAGCCAACAUCAAUACCAACAGCAUCAAAAAUUUUACAUUUUAUUUCAAAGCUACUAUCAAAAAUUGCAAAGUUUUUUUCUAACUAUUAAUUUUGCUCUUUUGUUGUUGCAUGAGUAUUCAAAUAUAAGUUUUGCAAGU